GUUCACAUCAGGUUCAGAUACAUUUACAGACUAACUACAUGGCAGCAAAAAUUAUCUGUAGAUGUGACAAAUGACAGACUUCCUCACAAGGAGGGUCCCUAGAGGAAGGCUGGUUUGAUUCUCAGAAUGCUAAAGUAGAUGCCAAAAUAACCUUAAGACUUAGUCAACGCACAAAAAGAGGAAGUGGUCGAUGGUAUUCUUUCCGGUCCACAGCUGCGUAUACUAAAAAGCAGCGGCUCAGAUGUGUCCUUACUUUAAAGGGUGACAUUAAUGUGUGUUUUUGCUGUUUUCUGUAAAAGCUUCUGUGGUUUGGAACCGAGUGGCCAUGAAUUUCUUUCGCCAGUACGCCUUGUUGUUGCUGAUUGGGGCGAUUUUAGUCUCCUUAGUGAUCUGCUUCAUCUUCUUUCUCAUCAAUAAGUGCAUCUCCAAGAGAGGUGAACACCAAUUCUUGCAGCGUAUGAAAACAUCUGCCUUCAAAGUCGAGAGCAACAAGUACCAGGAGAGAGACCCCGAAGCCAUCAUUCCCCCACUACCUCCUCGGACACAAUUUCUCACAGCAGAGGCCCAAAGCUACGAGAACCUGGCGGAGGUGCCCGACUACGAACAGUGUGCAGAUGACUACGAACAGUGUGCAGAUGACUACGAACAGUGCACAGCUGACUAUGAGCAGAGCACAGCUGACUAUGAACAGAGCACGGACCAGCAGCCAGAGUACGUGAAGGUGGAGGAGGAAGAGGAGAUCCUGCCUCCUCCUACACCUUACAAUCAGCCAGAUCCAGAAAUAAAUCACGGGGUUUCAGAGGGGCAAAGCUACGAGAACCUGGCUGAGGAGCCUGACUACGAGCAGGCUGUGGACGAGCAGCCCGACUACGUGCAGGUGGAAGACGAGGCGGAGACGUUCCUUCCUCAACCUCCAGAUCCAGCCGCUGAUAACUCGUCCACGGAGGACUACGACGACAUCGGAGAAGAUCAGGGAGAAGACUACGAUGAUGUGGGAUAAAACCACAAGAGGACAAUGCAGAGACACUUUGACUCUCCAUCUGAAUCCUGCUGAGCAGAGAUUUCACUUACUACAGAUUUUUUUAUGUCGCUUCUAUUUUUUGAUAAUAUUCAUAAAAGUGUAAAUAACUGAAGACGCUGAAAUCUGCUGAGCGGCGAUGAGACAACUGGUUUGAUCUUUAGGGGGUUUGAAUCUUCUUAAUCUUGUUUGCUGAUCAGGAAUCUAGCAAAUAUAAGGAUGUUUUCUACGUUUCUGAUUUCAAACACAAUCCUUCAGUCUGAGUAUUUGAACAAACUGCUUGGGAUUUGCUUAAAAAAUUCAUUAACAAGCAAAAACUCAAACACAGACCAGGAUCCAGUUGACAAACUGCACAUUAGCUGAGUAUUUAAACUAUUUUAAGCUCCCAAUGUCACAGUUACAACAUUAGCUCAUUUUACUAAUAGCAGUACAACAGUAAAACGUACAGAAAUACAUUUCAAAAAAAGACAAAAAAGACGUCAUCUUUACAGCAUUAGUGCUUCUGCAAACCCUUUCCAGUAAUUCUAAACUGACUCUUCUGAUGGUAAAUUCCAAAGAGGUGUUCAGAAGAGAGCAGGAACCAGUCUUUGCACAAAAAAGUGGUGCUUAAUAGAGGACAAUAGACAUCUUCAACAGUGUACAACCACAACUCCUCUUCCAGCAAUGAAGUGAAACUUUCUGAUGGAGUUUUUCCUCCUGUGUUGUUUCUGUUGGGUUUGAUAUGAAACGAUGUGGAAAAGAGCAGAGUUUUUUAGAAAUAUAACUUCAAAUUUUACCAUUUAACCACAUUUAAUUUAGCGUACAUAAUAAUAAUAAUCAUUAGAGUUUAACUGAUACUGAAUUUCUGGAGUCGAUACCAGUACAAACUUUUAGGUUGUACAAACUUAUAUGGAAAAGGUCAAAUGAUGGGUUCAUUGCUUAUUGGCUUUUCAGGAAUGUUUUUCGCAAACUAGUUUGCAUCUUACCACCAAGCUUGACUCCGCACCACCACGUAUUCUGCUACAUGUGCUGCAGACAGUGCUGAAGAUUGUAAACGAUGAAGUCUGAGCCACUCAACAAAUUACGUGAUUGUACAAUUUCUAAAUUAUGCCCAAAGUUUUUUUCUGCAUUAUGUUCUGGGGAAGAAAGUUUUCAUAUCGACACAUAUCAGACAACAUAUAUGCCGAUACAAAUAUAUUGUGACGGGCCGAUAUCGAACAAUAAUAUCGGCUGACUGAUAUAUCAGUUGCGCUCCAAUAAUAAUAAUAAUUUUAUUUGUGUGGCACUUUUCUUACCUCGUAGCAAAAACAAUCACAAAUAUAAAAGAAAAACACAAGAACAACAAAAUACAAGCACUCAAUUAAAGACUGAAUCCAAGAAAUAUAAAAAUAAAUCAUCCAAAAGAUGCACAUAAUCAAGAAAGGACAUAAAUUUGUGUGCUUUAAUUGCUGUAAUAUGUAAAUGUGAUUGUCAGGUGAGCUGGUAAGUCUAUGAAAAUGCAUCUUAAGAGAGAAUUUAAAAGCAGAAACAGUGACAUUUGAUCUAAUACUAAGUGGAUUGAAAUUAACUAAAUGGGUUGGACAACAAAAUGUAGUCAUUAUUGCAUUGUGAAUAUAUAAAGGUUGCAAGGCCAAAGCUUUAUCUGUGCUAUUUGAUCAUAUUGUAACAUAUAGAAAUUAAUCCAGACUGUAAAUUAACCAUUUACAAAUCACACAGAAAUCCAGCAGCAAACGAUGAAUAUAUCCUACUGAAAAGUCUCAUAUCUGUGUAUGUGGAGCCUGAUAUGAGUUAAUCUUCUGUUCCACGGAGCUUCAUCCAUCAUGUUGUCUGAAAUCUAUUAAAAACACACCAGUGUUGCACACUGUUGAGUCACUGCCACAUGUCAACUCUGCUCCACUGCCCUAAAUACCCACUUGAGCACCAAAUGUUUAUUAAUACGCAGCGGAAAAUAGUCCCCACUGAUCCCCUAUUUACUCCUUUUUGUGUAAGUUUUGAUUAAAAAUUAUUGUUGUUCACUGAA